AUAAUGGUUUUGUGCGUAAAAACAUUCCCAACAUCCACAGAGGAGUAUGGUUUUGUUUUGGGUUUUAAGUGUUCUCCGCAUACGGAGCUUACCACGGCUACACGAGCUACCAAAAGGAGUGAAGUUAACAAUUCCCCCUUAUUUAUGACUCACCAGAGAACGCUUGCAGCCGAUAUUGAAUAAAAUGGAAGUCCCAUAGAUUAUGGCGUUUUCCCUCGCUAAUCAAUCCGACACAAAAGAGUGGCGUGGUUUACGUUGAAGCCAUUUUGUCUUUUUUUGAUUUUAAUAAUUUUUAUCUUUUUUUUGACAAAAAGCGAUUUUUUUUGAAGGUUUUCUUUUCAACUUUUGAUUUGUCUUUCAUUUGCUGGUAAUCAUAGUCAUACAUUUUUAUAUAGCAAGUGAUGCGAAGCUCCGCUUCUCCUCUGUAUUGAAUGAUAGGACUCAAUAGCACAAUGGAAGCGUGAAACCUCGAGAUUGCUUUUCAGUCUCGCAUGUCUUAUGUCUUUUCUACUUCGUUUUGCGAAACAGCGAAGAUUAAUAUCCUUAAGUAUACCCUAUUCACCGUCAGUUCAGCAAAAAAGGAACAUAUCUUCUGAUUUUGGCCUUAUAUCUUGUCUGUCUUCUGGAAUAUAUCACGUGUACGAGGCUACCGGAGGAUCAUGGGGCGCAGUAGUGGUUUCUAUUGCUGUAGGCACUCGUGUAGUCCUCUUCAAAAAUACAUUAUCACUUCACAGAAAGAAACUUGAUCUAAAUGAAACCAACGCUGUCCGAACGUAUCUGGUGAUUCGAAAAGCUAAACAGCGGAGGUUUGGAACUGAUAUAAAACAAACGAGUGGUGGAUUUGAUUUUCUGAUGGAGAAAAACAGCUUUGCUUCGACCCUUCGGAAGUUUGCGCCUAAUAUGCUUGUGCAUAUGAGUUUAUUUGUCCCUAUUAGCUUGGCUGUUCGCCAACUCUGUGGUGGAUUUUCGAUUUGGACAUCAGAGCCAAGUGCGUAUGUUCCGAUGAUCAGUGAUAACUCUUUCCUGUGGCUAGACAGUUUAUUCUCUCCGUGUCUCAGCCUCCCGCUUUUAUUAUUUGCUGUACAUGUUAUAAAUUGGAGAUUGAAUCUCUGUAAUGCGGCUCCUGUUCCCGGAAUGAAAGCACAGAUUAACUGGAGCACGGGUAUUUUCCUCAUUAUUCCCGCACUACAAGCAGUUAUUGCGACUCAAGCGCCUCCUGCUUUGGUCUCCUACUGGAUGGCUACUGCAAUUCUCUCGGCAGCCGAACUCAUGUUAUUACGAAAACCUGUAAAAGAGUUCAGAAGAAAACUCAAUUUGCCAGUUGAAAGUGUAUAUCUGUUUCCUGAUAAAAUUGAGGACUGCCUACAAGCGGUGAGAAAAGGUUGUUUUGAUGCCAAUUUGUCUGCUGCAAAAGCUACUUUCCAGCGAUCACAGAUUUUGGAAAAAGAGGUAAAAGAUAUCUUAAUGAAAUCUCUCGAUGAGACUUAUAAAAACUACAAACAAUAGUUUGUCUGAAUUUGAUUCUUUUGUUGCUGAAACGACCUCAAUGUAAAUUUUAUUUGUGGUAAAAAAAUAAAUCAGAUUACAAAUGUUUUUCCAUCACAGUGACAUUUUUUAUAACACCCAGGUUUUGACCUGCUGGAAUGUUAUUAAAUAAUAAUAAAUGUUAAAAUUGUUUGCUAUUGAUUUUUAUUUUCUUCUGAUGUCAAACCAAGCAAUGA